UCUAAAAUUACAAACGCAAACGAGCUCAUGUUUUUUUUGUUUUGUGUCAUGCUGAUAAAUUUUCAUUUAAAAGUUUAAAUUAUGGUUUCAUCAGAAGAUUAUCGAGAAUCCUUGGUUAAAAACUUAAUAACAAUUAGAGAUUCUCUCAAAGAAUAUCAUCAAUUGUUUCAAUCGGAAAUAGAAAUUCAACGACCCAUACACGACAGGCUUUGUGUGCUUGCCAAACGAUUCUGCUUACUCGAUCGAGAAGAACCAACGAAACAUAUUCUUCCCUCUGAUAUCUCUCCAGAGGAUGAAAUAAAAGCUGAAUACUUUGAAAAGUUUCUUUUAAUUAGAAAAUCCAACGCAAAAUUAAUCCAAUUUCAUAUGAUGGUGGCAAAUAACUUCAAGGAGCUUCGACAAUUCUUAGACGAAAUGGGGCCUGACAAUCUUGUGCUUUUGGACAAAGCUAAUAUUCUUCAGCUUCCAUUUUCAUCUUGCAUUGAAAUACUUGAUGACUUAAUCAAAUACCACAUAAAGUUGGUAUCUAAUGUUCAUUUUUAUACACUUUGUAUGCAACCUGAAAGAUUGCAAUAUGUGGAGCGCUACAAAAAGCUUCUCAAACCAAAUGUAGAUUUCAAUGAAUAUUUCAGCCAAUCAAUGGCAAAGUUACAUGUAUUAAAGAAAACUAAAUAAUGA